AAAGCAAUCGAUGCCGUAGAAUUUGCAUCGAAUCUGCCGGGCGAAAAACCCUCACUUUAAACGUUAUUACAUCAACAAUUUUCAAAAAAUCAUCAAAGAAAUUCAUUCUCUUCAAAAUCCCUUUGAUUUCCUUCCGAUGCCCAAACUUUGCGUUCCUCUCGAACUGUUCCUCUCCUUCAACUCUCUGUCUUUGUUGCUCUUCAGCUGACAAAAAGGCACAAACUUACCGUUUUGAUCUUAUAACUUCAAGUUAGACAAGUUCUGGAAAAGUGAAGCAACCAACUUGAUUUGAGGUCUGUGUGCUUGGCAUGGUUUGGUGGUUUGUCCGGAGUUGCAGUGUAACUUAGUGAGGAGAAUAAUACAAGCAUUAUGCUGUUAUGUAAAAGUUAAUCUACAUUGCGUAUUCUGUAUUUGAGUGAGGACGAGGUUGAUCAUUGGAUGAGUUAUGGAUUGCAACAAAGAUGAAGCCAUUAAAGCAAGGGAGAUUGCUGAGAAGAAGAUGGAAAGCAAAGAUUUCACGGGGGCUCGUAAGCUUGUUCUCAAGGCUCAACAGCUAAAUCCUGAUGCAGAGUAUAUUUCACAAAUGCUUAUGGUUUGUGAUGUGCAUUGUGCGGCAGAGAAGAAACUGUUAGGGAAUGAGAUGGAUUGGUAUGGCAUCCUUCAGAUUGAGCAAACGGCAAAUGAGGCGACAAUCAGGAAGCAAUACCGGAAGUAUGCUCUUUUACUUCAUCCUGAUAAAAACAAAUUUAUUGGUGCAGAAGCUGCUUUCAAGUUGGUUGGUGAAGCUCAGAGAGUGCUGUUGGACCAAGAGAAACGUCGAAUGCAUGAUAUGAGACGCAAACCAGCAAUACCAUAUCGACCUCCUCAUAGAGCUGCUUCAACCUUUAAUGUUGGGGUUCAAGCUAAUUUCAGAAGCAACUUUACAAGCUUCAUUCCUCAACAUCAGCCACCUCCUCAACCGCAAGGACACUCAGGGUUCAGUCAUAAUCGUUCAACUUUUUGGACUGUCUGUCCAUUUUGUUCAGUGAGGUACCAGUACUAUAAAGAAGUGGUCAACAGAUCACUUUGCUGUCAGAAUUGCAAGAAGCCCUUUGUUGCAUAUGACAUGGAAGUACAUGGGCCUCACUCUCAACCUAUGUCUAACUUGAACCAGACAUCAUUUUUCCAGCAGCAGAAUUCCUUUAAUCACAGGGCUGAGAUGGGACGCCCGGGAAACUCUCAGUCUGAGAAGCGUCGGAGGAAAUGCAACACCCCAGCUGCUGCUUCAGAAAAGUUCUAUGGUAAGAAGAAGCAGACUUCUGAAUCCAGUGAGAGUUGUGAUACUGGAAGCAGCUUCGAUACAGAUGAAAAUGUUACUGAUGAUGAUAGCAGAAAGGAUGUUGGACGCUCUGGAGACCACCAUCCACGAAGAUCUAGUCGACGCAGGCAGAAGAUUUCUUACAAUGAGAAUGUAAGUGAUGAUGACAAUGUUGACUUUGUGGUCACUCCCAAAAAAUCAAAGAGAAGAAGAUCAUCCGUCAUUUCAGAUGACGAUAUUGAAGAAGUAUAUGUAGAUGACGCGUCCAAAAUCAAUAAACAACAUGGAUCUGUUGCUGUGGAUGAUGAUCAGAAGGAAACAAAUAAGCCUGAAAAUCAUUCCUCUGGAGAGGAUUUAUCACGGAGAAGGAAGAGAAGUAAGAAGGCGAGCCAUAAAGAAACACCGGAUAAAGAUGUUUCUCAGGGAAGCAUGGAGUCAGCUGGUGAUCCCGAGUCUAAUUUGCUUUCAUGUUCUGAUCCCGAUUUCAAUGAUUUUGAUAAACUGCGGAACCGAGAAUGUUUUGCUCUCGGGCAGAUCUGGGCUUUGUAUGAUGAUAUUGAUACUAUGCCUAGAUUCUAUGCUUGGAUCAAAAAAGUGUUUCCUUCUGGAUUCAAAGUUCAAGUCACUUGGCUAGAGCCAGAAGCAGCCGAUGAUGGGCGAAGAAAAUGUGUUGAUAAAGAAAUGCCAGUUUCUUGUGGUGAUUUUGUUUUUGGAGCAACUGAAACCAUGACGGAUUGUGAUUCGAUGUUUUCUCAUGCUGUCUCUUUUGACAAAGGCUGCCAUAAAGACAGUUUCAAAAUUUAUCCAAGGAAAGGGGAAAUUUGGGCUCUCUUCAAGAAUUGGGAUAAGAACCAUGACUGCGAUCCCAGUAGCCAAUAUGAGUAUGAGUUUGUUGAGACGUUGUCAGAAUUUACUGAUGAAGCUGGUAUUGAUGUUGCACUCUUAGCUAAAGUGAAAGGCUUUUCGAGUCUCUUUUGUCGAAUGGUCAAGGAAGGAGGAAAAUCGUUUCAAGUCCCUGCGACUGAAUUGUUCAGAUUUUCACACCGGGUUCCUUCAUUUCCACUCACUGGUGAUGAAAGAGAGGGUGUUCCAAAAGGUUCUUUUGAACUUGAUCCAGCUGCUCUUCCCCCCAAUGUUCCAGAGAUCGACCUCCCCGAACAUACAAAAGCGGUGGCUUCUGAUACUGGUCGAAGCACAUUGCCUAUGAUGGGUUCUAAUGGAGAUGCAGCCGACCAUGAAGCUGCUGCUGAUAUUAACAUUGAUCUCCAGUCUGAGAGCGAUGAUGGUAUUGCACCUGUAGCUUCGCCGAGUGAGGCCUAUGAAAUUCCAGAUCCUGAAUUUCACAACUUUGAUCUUGAGAAAUCUUUUGACAAGUUUAGGAUUGGUCAGGUCUGGGCACUGUACAGUGACGAGGAUGCCUUGCCAAGGUACUAUGGUCUGAUCAAGAAAAUAACUCGUGAACCAGGGUUCGAAGUGAAGUUGACUUGGCUGGUGUCCUCUACACUGCCAGGCAACACAAUCAAAUGGCACGAUAAAUAUAUGCCAAUUUCUUGUGGGAGAUUUACAACUCAAAGGAGGACUCCUAUGCACUGUUGCACUUCCACUCGCUCCUUUUCACAUCUGCUUAAAACUGAUCCUGCUCCUAAUAACGGGUUCUCCAUCACUCCUAGAAUUGGUGAGGUUUGGGCAUUAUACAAGAACUGGACUCCUGAAAUCCGAUGUUCGGAUUUGGAAAAAUGUCAAUAUGAUAUAGCAGAAGUCAUUGACGAUGACAAUUUGCAAAAAGAAGUUAUGUUCUUGAAACGCGUUGAUGGUCAUAACUCAGUCUUCAAGGCUCAAACCAAAAAUGAUGGUUCCACACUCACUAUGGUAAUUCCCGGGGCCGAGUUUCUACGAUUCUCCCAUCAGAUACCUGCUUUUCGGUUGACAGAGGAGCGGGGUGGUAGCUUGAGAGGCUGUUUGGAACUUGAUCCCGCUGCUUUACCGGUAUAUUAUUUUUCUUGACUAGAUUAGGCAGGAUGAUAAACACCAUAGGCAGUGAUGCCACUGUAUACCUCUGUAUCUAAUAGCCCCGACCGAGCCUUUAUGCGGAAAAACUGAACCCUUUUUUGGAGAAGCCUUGGCAAACCACAGCUUGUUUUGAUCUACACCGGAACCCAGUUUUUUAUGUUAUACUUUCACUUUCCAAGGUGAAAAAGUUCAAAAGGUUUGCUUGGAUUUUGAUCUGACUGGCUUUGGGAGAAAAGAGAGGUUUCUCACUCAUAACAUUGGGUUUGUGCAAAAGUUUUCAAUUAUCAUUGUGAAUUAAUCACCCUUAAUUUUGUUUUGUAGCUGUGACUCAUUUGCCAAGGUGAUGAAUUUCUUCACUUAUCAAAAAGAAAUGUUCAAAUUUUCUGUUCAAGUU